AUGGAGACGUCUGCACUUUUCUCCAAGAAAAUCACCGUUUUUUGUAAAUUCAGAAGAAACAUUUUCAACACCAUUAACCGAAAUGAGGAGACGCCCAAUUUGAACACUAUCCGUUUGGGCACUUCUGCCCAUGGGGAGGGCUAUGCCGGAGAAGACGAAACGGGCAGAUAUGAGGAAGGAGUGGAUAGGGAGGCGUAUGGGGAAGGCGAUAGGGAAGCAAAUCGCGAAGCACACAUGUGCAAGGAAGAACACAUCCGGUACAACCUGAUAAGAGAAAAACACCUCUAUGGAGUUAACCUAGACGUCGAUAUUUUUAUCCUCAAAAAUUAUAACAUCGUCUUUUUCCUUCACAAUGUAAUCAACAUUUACAACCCUGUAAUAAAAUCGUUGAGGAGUCUCUUCACGAAGAAUGAUUACGUCAUCACUUGCUCGUCCCUGCAUGGGGACUCGCUCAUAGUUGUCUUGUAUGGAUCCGCCCGAUGUUCAUGCAUACAGAUAUAUUGCACAGAAAGACAAACCCUGAAAGAAGAAAUAAAAUUAGAUGACCAUGACUUUUACGAAAAGGUCUACGUUCAGGAGGAGAAUAAAUAUUUCGUGUUGAUAACGAAUAAACGGGUUCUGAAGGUUCUGGAUUCAGAAAAGAAAGCUUUCAUUCUGAAUAUGUAUCUGCAUCUGGAAUAUUGCAACAUUGCACAGUACUACGAUUUUUUUCUAAUUUUGCGGAAGAGGAAGCUCUUUUUAUGGAACUUGGAGCGGACCUACACGGGCCUUAAAAUGAAAGAGAAGAACCUGGAGAUUGACCCAACGGUGCAAGUGAACUGCUUUGGGUUCUGCGAGAGGAACAUCCUCAUCGGAACAUCCGACGGGAGACUCUUCCUAAUAAAGGACCUCGUAGACAAAUGGAUAAUCAAAAAUGAAAAUGGAGAAAUUCACUUCCACAGAAAUAUCUCCUACGUGCAUUACUAUGAUGGGUACAUAACUACCAAGGAUGGAGAUUCUCUCAAAUUAUGGGCUUGCCAAUUCAGCGGAGCCAACCUUCCCGCUCACAAACAAUUGAUCAUCAAACUGGAAAAAGACGUGUCUGUCCAAGUCAACAUAAGCAAAAUAAUUUCUCACGAAAAAUUCUUCCUCCUGAUUGACAAAAGGAACUCUGCCAUAUAUUCUUCAAAAAGGAAUAACUACGAUGAUUUAAGCACCUUCUUUUACACACAUAAUAGCAGAAUAAAAAAUAUCUUCUGCUGGGAAAAUCAUAUCUUCAGCUUCAGCUACAAUGGCAAAGUAUUUAAUUACCACCUGGAUCAGAAAAGAGUGGAAAGGAAUUACUGCCUUCAUAAAUUUCGAGACUCCAUUACGUGUGUGAAGUAUCUCUACCGAGAAAAUGAUUUCUUUCUUUUCUGCAUUGGAUUUACUAAUGGGGUUAUCUACAUAGUGAAGAUGAAGCACCUCUUUCUGGACGUUGUGAGCUGUGUAAAGACGAGCAAUAAUUCGAUCGUGCACAUUGAGAAAAGCGAAGAUUGCCAAUACAUAUGUGUCAUAGCGAAGGAGGAAGAGUACGUCUUUUUCCUGUACAGACAGGAGAAUUCAUUUAAGCCACUGGGAUAUUUGAAGAUUUCCGAAGCGGAGCAGCUGAGGGGCUCCUUCUACUUGCCUUCCACCCGCUCGUUUUACGUCCUGGGGGCGCGCAACCUGAUAUUCCGGGUUUCCGCAGAGCGGUUGGGGGCACGAAUAUCGGAUGAGUCGCCACACAGAUCGGAUGAAUCGGCGGCACGUAUGUCAGAGCAGUCGCCAGACAUACCAGGGCAAUGUCCACAGUCAUCGCCCCAGUCAACCCCCCAGUCGCCGCCACACAGGGCGAUCCCGGAAAACUCGUACGACCUGCGCGUCGAGUAUGAAAUCCUCGAUAUACAGUUCAACCUCGCGGAGGAGUCCCGUCUGUACGACCCCACGGGGGGCAGAAGCGGAGCGAGUGGCGCAUGCAGCAGCGCGGUAAUGGACAGAACCGGCUGCCACACGGAAUGCGGCCACACCGAAUGCAGCGAGAGCGAGGGGAAGUCCCCCCUUGACAGCUCGGCCAGCGACAUAUCAGAGGAGGAGUACGACAAAAUGAAUUUCUACAGAGAUAAAAUGAGCCUCACUAGAAGCACAGAGGAGGAAGAAGAGAAUAAGAAAAAUGGCGAGGAAAGAAACCCCUCUAUACAAUUAUCCAUCUUUAAUAACAAAAGGAAGAACCUACAGAAAUAUAUAGAGACACUGUUUAGUGAGUCCGUCAUGAACAAGCUGGGAAGAAGACGAAGAAGAUAUCCCACCUGUUUGAGCAUAAAUCUCGAGAGAGACAAAAGGAAGGAAGAAGAAAAAGAAAACGCGGAGGAAGAAAAGAGAAAUAAGAAAAAUAAAUUAAACAAUGGGAAGAGUCUCAAGAUAAAUAUUUCUUGUAUAGCCAAAAUGAAUGACAAUGGAUUUGUGCUGACGACUGAGGGGAUAAAAAAUAAUUGCAUCUUCUUUUUACGCCUCAAUGGGAGGAGCAGUGCCAAAUACAAGACGGAGAGUGGUAAAUAUCGAACGGAGAGCGGGUGGAGAAAAACCAUUUUGCGCCCAACCGUGGUGUACAAAAUUGCCCGCAAGAACUUCCCUGAAAGGGUGUCCAUAGUAAGCAUGACGGUGAAUGAAGCGAAUCACCUACUCUUCUGCUUAACAAACCAUAACAACAUUUUUGUCUUCUCAACGAAAUAUUUCUUUCUAUAUUAUCGUGUUAAAAUCCCACUGUAUGAGAAGGUCCGCGACAUUUACGUACACCAAGGGGAAAAGAAAAGACAGUACAUUUUUGUUAGUCUGGGAAAUAAUUACAUAAAACUGGACGUUUACUUUUUCUUCGUGCACCUGUUUAAUGUGUUAAAGAGAUACCAUGUGAGUCCGCACCGGUGGCUACAACGCCUCGGAAGAGGUACACAAAUGGAGGGAAAAUCCACCUGCUCGAAAAUGCCACACUUAACGAUGGAGUCGCUACACCAAUUUUUGAUCGAAGAAAUUCACGACUAUAUUGUAGAACAAUUUGUGAAAAGGAAAAAAAAAAAAAAAAAUAUUAUUCCUUUCACGUUGGAAGAUAUCCAAUUUGAUGUAACCUUCCUGAUGCAGCUUCUCCAAAAUGAGCAACGAGUGGAAGGAGAAUUAUCCGGCGACACCAAAGGGGGAGUCCCAAAUGAGGGGACAGCCACAGACAACCCUGCAGAUGAUAGAGGACGCUCCGAACGUAACGACAUCAUGGACAUAUGGAACUUCAUCCAAAAUAACAACAAAGCGGAGGAGAAGGACAAAAUUGAAGAACAGAAAAAAAAAAUAAACCUCAUUUUAAAUUACGACCAACGUAACAUGAUCAGCAUCUUUAACACCAAUGAGGUGAUCAAAGAUGAAGACAUCCUCUACAGUUUACGCGAAACGAAAGAAGCAAAGGAGAAUGAAGAAAAUGUAAAGAGGGCACUUUUACACAAAAAAAAUAUGAACAUGAAAAUUGAAAAACUCAGAAAGAAGUAUAUGAAAUUUUUUAAAAAAAAAAAAUUUCUCAUCGAUGUGGACAUGUCCAAAAAGAUCUACAAAAAUAUCAGGGACAAAAUGAAGGAAUACAAACGAGUGUUUAAGUAUAAUCAACAGGAGUAUGAUGAAAGAAUUCGUUAUCUUAUCCGGACGUAUGAGCGAUUGGAAUUUUCCAGAGAGUCGCUAACUUCCCUCGCACUGGAUGGAAAAGAGCCACUAACCAUGACGUCCAUAAAAAUGUACCUGAAAAAUCAGCGGAUGAACGAAUUUGUGAAGAAGAAGAAGAAAAAAAAAUUUCGGAAGAGGAAAAUGAAAAAUGAAGUACAGCUUAUGGAACAGGUCAAUCACUCCCUCCAUCGAUUUAACGACACAAGACAGAAAAAUCAGAAGCUAAAGGUUCUCAACAAUGAAGACAAAAUUGAAGAAAUAUGUCACAAGAAGAAGAUUAUUAAAAUGUACGAAAAUGUCCUUGCUGAGCUUGACCAAAUGGAGAAGUCUGCAGCGCCGCCGCGGCCCCCCCGCCGGAUAUCCAGCAUAACCGAGAUAAUUCGGGAGUACGAAGAUGACAAGAGGAAGCUGCUGCACCAGAUUAACUUCAUCAAGGAGAUGUUCAAUGAGGACUUUCGUGCCGUGAUGUCACAGAUGGAGAAGCGAAUGUCGCAGAUGCACGAUGAAGUACUUUUUCUGAGGGAGGCCCUGCAGAAGGAGAAGGCGCCAUGCGGGAGAGCGAUGAAAGGGGAAGGAGUCGAGCCCCAGGAGGGGGAUGCAGGCCCCGCUUCUGCUCAGAUGGGAGUCCUCAUCCCCGAGAUGGCCGCUUCCCCCGAUAUGGUUACCUCCCCCGAGAUGGUCACUUCCCAUUCGAAGCAAGUGGCCACCCCGCGCGGGACGGAGAAGGCGCCAUGUUCCGUACUGGAGCUGCUUGGCCAGUUCAUCCCCAAGGAGCCAAAAGGAACAAUGGUGCCGCUAGUAAAAAAUAUCAAUUGUGACUGCAUCCACUUUGAAAGGAAAAACAAACAUUACAACAAGGAGCAGAUCGAAAGACAGCUAGAAGAAAUCGGAAAAAAAUUUGCUCAAGAGGUAAAGUUGCUGCACAUGAAAAAGAUAGAAGCCAUUCGGAUAAUAAAAUUUAUUUCUCUCAAGAUUGUCUCCAUCGAUGAGAAAAAUAACAUAUUAAUGGAGCUGCGAAAGAAGGAAGUAAAAUUAAGGAAGCAAAGGAAGAUGUUCACAAAGGAGUUAAGCAGCGUGGAUAAUGACAUGAACAAAUAUAUGGAGGAGAUGCAGAUGUUGCUGUAUGACUUGGAUUGUUACAAUGAACAAAAAGAUAAGAACCUCCAAAGGCUGAAAGAAAUGAUCGGAGAAGACAGCCUCUGCUACAGGACUCUCAUCAAGGGGCUGCGGAAAAACGAAGACGAGGCAUCCGACGAGAGUGAAGGAGGGUACGCCAAGGGGGGGGCGCCAGGCGAGGAAGAAGACGGUAGUGAAUAUCCCGCGAGCGAAUGUGCUGAGGUGGGAAAAACACAGCAGAAUGAUAAGGUGGAUCAUCCGGAUCACACAAAUCACUCGGAUCAGUCGGCGCCUCUGGAAAAAAAUGCAUUGAACAAAGCGGACCAAAUCGACAAGAUAAAGAAAGAAAACAUGUCCAUUUUGAACGGAAUAAACAACAUAAAGAGAAAUAUAGAAUAUAAAAAAAACGAGCAGAGAAAAUUGCUGACAAGAAAAAAAAACAUCGAGAAGGAGAUCCAGAUGUUAAAUGAAGAAAUGAAGAUUCUUGAGGAAGACAAGAAGAAAAAUAUCUCCCAAGUCAAGUUCUACAUCCUUGUAAAAAUUUCGAAGCUAAGAAAUAUAGACUAUCUGUAUGAUAAAAAAAAGUACCGUUUAAAUUUGACCAGCAAUUGUGCCAUCAUCAGCAGAGAGCAGUAUCGCGACAUUAUGCACAAAAUGGAAACGCUCAUGCGCAGGAAGGAGGAACUAACAAAGGUUUAUACAGCCCUAAAAAGGGAAAAUGCAGAAUUAGAACAGGGAAAUAAUAAGCUCUCUAAAAAUAUGAAAGAUAAGAAGAAUUCCCUGAAGAAUAAAUUAAAAAAGCAGGAUUUAAUUUUCGACUUUAACGAUUUGGAAAAAAAAUAUCAGGAGAAGAAAAAAAAAGGAAUUAUACAAGAAAUUAAGAAUACCGAAAUUGAGAAUAACAGACAUAUGAAUCUGCUUCAGAAGGAACUCGGGCGGAAGACUGCUCAACUGAAUGACGUGCGUAAAGAGAACACACUCCUGCUCGAGAAAAUCAACCAGUAUAUUCAGAUGCUCAAGGGAAAGGCAGCAUAA